AUGGGUACACGGUGGCGGAGCGGCACCGGCGACACGGAGCGAUCUAAUCCGCGUCCCCCGCGCAAAGCGUACGGACGGCUGAGCAGCGAGUCCGACGAUGCUCAGUCGGUUCCGUCGCCGGUCAAGCUGAUCGACCUGGACGAUGGGACAAACAGUCCGGCCACGGCAGACCUCGGCACCUACUACGAUCGCUGCUGCAGUGAUGGUGAUGGCGAGGGCAACGGGAACGACAGCUGCUUCGGCUACGACUCCAUCUCCAACAACAACAACCGGUGUGAGGACUACAACACCCAGCAACAGCCGCAGUUACAGCUGGCCCACCGUAUCAUCUCGGUCUCGGUUGUCAACUCGCGAGUCAGCGCGGACCCGUCGAGUAACGUCGCUGCGGAUGUCCGGAACCGGAACCACACGGACUCCUGCUCCGUGGAGGAGGCUCUGCCUCGGUUGCAGGCGAUGGCUUGCUCCGAUGACGACGACUGCGACGAUUCCCUCACCUGUAACGUGUGCGACCAGGCGUUCCACUAUCGCCGGCAGCUGGCAUCGCACCAGCAGAAGAAGCGGCACUUCGGGUGCAGCGGUUGCGAUAGCCUGUUCCCGUCCCUGAUGCUAUUGGAGCACCACAAGGAGGAGUUCGAGCACUGGAGCGACUACGAGGACAACGGGCGGCUACCGUGUUGCCGGCGAAAUCGGCGCGAAGACGACGACUUUACCGACACCGAAACCGGUACGAGUGAUGCGGAAAGUGAAGAUCUUGAGCGACUGCUCUAAUUCGCACCCAUUUCCUGUGCUGGACUGUGUUUCGCCACCAAGCUCAGUGAAGACUGAAGAAAAAGUGAAGAAAUAAUGAAAGGAGCCACAAAUUGGAACUUUGGAAUCAAUCACUACAUAAUCUAUGGACGUGUGCAUGUGUGUAAAUGUUCGAAAGCUUAAUUUAAAAACAGAAGACAAAUAUUACUCUACAAAA